CUCGAGUCGCGAAGAAGAAGCACGAGAGUGGUGUGUUGUUGUUGUUGUUGUUAGCUCUCGGAAGAAAUGGUGAAAUCGACCACGAAGGAUGCUCAGGAUCUCUUCCGCUCUCUUCGUUCUGCUUAUGUUGCUACGCCAACGAAUCUCAAGCUCAUCGACAUGUAUGUUUGUUUCGCGGUCUUCACAGCUUUGAUCCAGGUUGCUUACAUGGCUCUUGUUGGAUCGUUUCCUUUCAACUCAUUUCUCUCAGGAGUUCUCUCCUGUAUCGGAACAGCAGUUCUUGCUGUCUGCCUCCGGAUUCAAGUGAACAAAGAAAACAAGGAAUUUAAGGAUUUAGCACCAGAGCGAGCUUUUGCUGAUUUUGUUCUCUGCAACAUAGUCCUCCACCUGAUCAUCAUAAACUUCCUCGGAUAACCCCUCUUCUGGACUUAAUCUAUCUCAUGAGCUUUUUUAGAACAAUUACUACAGUUUCUUUCACACUUUACAAAAUCUAGUUCAGACAUUUGAAAUUUAUCGGAGCAACAUCUUAGUCUUUAUGUAUAGAGCUUGCUUUGUUAAUCCGAUUUUCUGAGUGAUAAAGCCAA